AUGCUUGUAACUGCUGUAAUUAUAUAUGAACAAAAUGUGUUAGGCAUGUGUGUUAAAAAUAAUGUCUACACUAUCAUACCAUAUGCAAUAGAUGAAUACUCAUGCUCAAUAUUAAAAAGAUUCUUAACAUUUUAUGAGGUUGAUGUGCUACUUGUCCCAAAUGACAUAGAGCCUUAUAAAUUAAAAAUAUUAUUAAAUACACGAGUUAAAAUUGAACAUAUCACAAGAAAAAGUUUUAACCUAAAAAUAUUCUCAGGUACUAACGUUUUAGGUAAUAAAGCUUUUAAUGCACUGAUAUCGUAUUAUAAACAUUAUAUUUUUAAAUUCAAUUUAAAACAAAACUAUACUAGGAACAAUUAA